GCUGGAGCCUCGCCUGCUCUGCUCACUACAGCUGCUCUGAGGGUCUGGCACAGUGGCAAAGAAGAAGAUCAGGCAGGGAAGAGAGCCUGAAUUAUUGCUGAGAGACAUGGCGUUGCUGCCUGCCUGGAGUGUGACGCGCGUGGCGAUCUCGCUCGUCUCGGUGCUUGGCCUCCUGGGCCUGAGGCUUGCGGGGGCCGACCGGGACUCGGGGAGUGUCAUUCCUGCAGAAAGUCGGCCCUGCGUUGACUGCCAUGCCUUUGAGUUCAUGCAGAGGGCGUUGCAGGACUUAAAGAAGACGGCGUAUAAUCUAGACACGCGGACAGAAACCCUCCUCCUGAGAGCAGAAAAGAGAGGCCUAUGUGAUUGCUUUCGUGUACUACACUGAAACGAGCACUGGGAUUUGAGCAAUGGACAUUUAUUCAAUUUCAAAAAGCUGUUCAAUAAAUUACAGGAAGACCUAGAGUGCAACUUGUGCCACACCACAAGGAAAACAGUUUUUAUCCACACAGGCAUGGCUCAGAUCAUUUUUGCUUUGAUGUGUGUUAUCAUUACUCUAUAUGAUAUUGCAUCUGCUGAAACGUCAACAGAAUAAGCAGUGCCAAAGUCUCACUCACAGGUUUUGUGCAAGGGUAGUAUCUCACUGUUUUGGUAUUUCAAGCCAAAAGUUGUCCUUUGACUCUCAGGCCAACCCCUCAACACAUGUGAUUUGCCAUAGGUCUGGGAAAGUCAGCGGAGUCGUACUCUUUACUAUAUUCGUGGUAGAAUGUAUCUCUACUAUGGAAAGAAAGCCACUUUGCAAUGAUGCACAGCUAAACAUUUACAAACAGGCAGUGGUGGCUUUAUAUAGAAAUUAAUAGUUGUCACUGACUGCUUGGCAGUCCAAGGAAGGUAUUUGUUCCCAAUUGUAGCAAUAGCCCAGUGCACAGCAAACACAGUAAUCUGUAUCACCAUUCUCAUUUCUUCAGAGCCCCUCAGUAGCUGUGAUCUUUUUUGGAGAGAUUUAUUAAGUAUCUAAUGUGAUCAGUAACAUUUGUAAUCACAUGAAUACUGCCUGGCAAUUGAACUGAUUGCAUCUGCCAAAAUCUUCCGGGGAAGUGUCUUUCAUUAGGCAAAUCACAUACUGGAUUGAGCCACUCAAACUGGCCUCUACAGAGAGCUUUGGCAGAGAGCCUACCAAACGCCUCCAUGCCCAGGAGUCUCCUGCAAACUGCAUUUUGAGAAAUAUUUCACUUCUUCCAAAAUGGGCCAUAGCUCUUGCACGGACUUUACACCCCAUAGGAGCAGGUUACAGCGCUGGUACUAUUAAUAAACCUACUGCAGUCGGUGUGAGACAAGAAUAAAACAACGUAGCACUGGUAGUAGUAAAGAUUGCUUUCUGUUACCCUUUGAAGAAGAAUGGCAAAUCCUUUCUCAUUGUUUUCCUUUUCCCCUCUGUUUUGGGGAGGAGAGCAGAGAAUGACCCCGGUGGAAAGUUCUUGUAGAUAAUAAUAAAUUUUUCCUAGGGCUCAAAAUAUCACCCCCAAAGUACAAUUAAUAGGGAUGUGUAUAUCAGCCAAAGUAUCUAUGUACAGGCUAGAAACUUUUAGACUAACAAGAGUAUGAAAGCAGCAGCAACAGCAGUGGUUUUCAGUCAUUUCACCAAUUCUUAGUAGUUCUUUUUCUUCUGGUAAGUGGCUGAUAUAUUGCUGUGGCUCUGCUCAGUAAGUUCUGAUGGUAGCUAUCUCUGUGUUUCCAAACUGCUUCUCUCCCAUUUUAUCUACCACAUUAGGCAUAAGAAAAUAAGGAACUGUCACCCACUGCCAACUUACUCUUUUGUGUGCAGUCAUACCAAAUAACACAGAGGAUUGUAUUACCAUAUACUGUGCCAAAGUUGUUUGAAAGGCAUGUGGUCCUCAGCAAGGAAAAGCUUCCUUGACCUGCAUUUCAAGUAGGAAAUUUGCUUUGUCCUUUGUAGUAUUCUAGAAAGAAACCUUUCUAGGUCAUCAGGUUCUAGUUUGUAUAAGAGAGAAGCAGCAUGACACAGCAACACAUUGCUUCCAGGGGCAGUGCACUCCACUGUAGCACUGGGAACUGGCUGAUGGGAAGCAACAGAAGUUCUUGUCACAGACCUUAUUUGAUUUUACAGAGAAACCAAUAGGUUUAACACAACUCUGUUGCAAAAUACCUACCUUAGGUUGUGUUCUUCCCACUGAGAUUUGAACCAAAGUGCUGCACAGAUUUCAGGCUGGCUUUUUGCAGGAGGUGAAGUUCCAGCACUGAGCCUGUGUCUUUUCCAGUACAGCUCACCUUAUCAGGGAGCAGCAUGUCUGUGGUUUUGUCCUGCUUUCAUGCAUGCUUAUUCUGCUGGUACCUUAAAGAAUCUUGCAAAGUCCUGUUAGCAAGCACUGUUUCUUUUGGCUGUGUUUCUGUUUAGAAAGAUGGUUGCUCACAGUUGAGUCCUGAUACGUGCAGGUUGUUAUAACAGAAAGGUGGAAUGAAUGACAAGCGGAUGCUCUCUGGCUCCCAGAGGGAUCAGAGUGACACUGCAACUUUGCAGUUGUGGUUAUUCUGUAUGUACUCCUCUUUGUCUGGAAUACAAUACAAUAAAAGGGCAAGAUGCAUUAUAGCAUUUGGUGUGCUCUGUUAGUGAUUUGAAAAAUGAUAUUCCUUAUGCAUGAAAAAAGAAAGAGUUAAUAAAUAUCUGGUCUUUAAUUAGGUGGGAAAUCCAUGGAGAAAAAGAAAAAAGCUAUUUUGAAUAGGAAAAU